CGGGUUUGUCUGCGCUGCCUGACGAGGAAGGCAGGCUGCAGAUCGUGGGUGCUCCGUGCUGGCUGUGGCCUGGGGAAAGGAAGGCACCGGUCAGGGACCUUCAGCCGGUGGGGGACACCGAGUGUCAGUCCUGUCUCUGAAGGGCGGAGGGAAGGCUGAAGAUGGCAGGUGACAUUGCCAUGUUGGCGAGGGGCCUGGCCAAGCUGAGCCAGGCCAUCGUGGAGACACAGACCACACAGCUGCGUGCCAUGGUGUCGGGCAGUGAGGCAAUGGUUGUGGCCAGAGGCUGGCAGGCAUCUGCCGAGGAUGUCAUCAACACGGCGGUGGGCAAGAUGCAGGACAUUGGGCCACAGCGGGAAAACUUCACGGAAACACAGGAGGAUUCCUCCUCCAAGUUGGACCUGUCCAGCGAGACGUCGGACUCGAAGACACCGGACUUGGCCGCGGAUGCUCAGCAACGCCAGGCGAUGGGUGACCCUGCAGCCUCUGACCUCUCCUCCCCUGGGAAGGAGGGUGGGCACUUUGGGCAGCCCAGCCGGCCUUUCUCAUCCAUGGCCCAGAGGCGGUUCUUCCACCAAGAUCACCGCUCCGUCAGUGGGCUGACCGCAGAGGACAUUGACAAGGCUCGGGAGGCCAAAGUGAGCCCAGCAGACAAGCCCUACAGGCAGAUGUUGAGUGAGCGGGCUCGGGAGCGGAAGGUUCCAUCCACAAGGAUCGGUCGGCUGGCCAGUUUUGGAGGUUUGGCUGUCGGUCUUGGGAUCGGAGCCCUGGCGGAGGUUGCCAAGAAGAGCUGGAAGCCUGAAGAGCGAGAGGGUGGGAAAGCCAUGAUGGACGGAAGCCCCUUCCUCUCGGAGGCGAACGCCGAAAGGAUCGUGAAUACUCUCUGCAAGGUGCGGGGUGCUGCUCUCAAAAUGGGCCAGAUGCUGAGCAUUCAAGACGACAGCUUCAUCAACCCCCAGCUGCAGAAGAUCUUCGAGCGGGUGCGGCAGAGUGCAGACUUCAUGCCCAGCAAGCAGAUGAUGAAGGUGCUGCUGAGUGACCUGGGCCCGGACUGGAGGGAGCGACUGCUGAGCUUUGAGGACCGUCCCUUCGCCGCUGCCUCCAUCGGGCAGGUUCACCUGGGCACCCUCCGCGAUGGCCGCCAGGUCGCCAUGAAGAUCCAGUAUCCCGGGGUGGCCCAGAGCAUCUCCAGUGACGUGGACAACCUGAUCUCUGUCCUCAAUAUGAGCAAUGCCCUGCCCGAGGGUCUCUUCCCCGAGCACAUGAUCGAGGUGAUGAGCCGAGAGCUGGCGCUGGAGUGUGACUACGAGAGGGAGGCAGCCUGCUACAAGCAGUUCAGGGAGCUGGUGAAAGAUGACCCUUUCUUCUACGUGCCGCCUGUGAUCGACUAUCUCAGCAGCAAGCACAUCCUUACCACCGAGCUGGUGCCAGGCUUCCCGCUCGACAAGGCAGAGCAGCUGAGCCAAGAUGUCCGGAACCAGAUCAGCGAGAAUAUCCUGAGGCUGUGCCUGAGGGAACUCUUUGAGUUCUGCUUCAUGCAGACCGACCCCAACUGGUCCAACUUCUUCUAUAAUCCAGACACUGGCAAGGUGGCCUUGUUGGAUUUUGGAGCCACACGAUCAUUUGAGGAAGAUUUCACUGACACCUACAUCGAGAUCGUGCGUGCUGCAGCCAACGGUGACAGGGAGAAGGUGCUGAGCAAGUCCAUCGAACUGAAGUUCCUCACUGGGUACGAGACAAAGGUUAUGCAACAAGCCCACGUUGAUGCUGUGAUGAUCCUGGGAGAAGCGUUCUCAUCGGUGGAACCGUUCAACUUUGGCAGUCAGGACACCACCAAGAGAAUCCACAGCCUGAUCCCCAUCAUGUUGCGACACAGACUGAUCCCACCUCCAGAGGAGACUUACUCUCUGCACCGUAAGAUGGCCGGCUCCUUCCUCAUCUGCAGCAAGCUCAAUGCACAUAUCUCCUGCAAGCACUUGUUUGAAGAAGCCUACCAGAGAUACUGGAGCAGGAAGUCCAAACCAGGAGCUACCGGCCCCUAACCAGGAAAGCCUGGUUAGAUAUAGGAGCGGUGAAGAGGGAGGCACAGAGGGUCUGAGAUAAUGCCGAUGAACUCACCACCUUACUGUGUUACCUGUUUUUAUACAAAAAAUUCCUCACUUCCUGUUCAAAGGCAUAGUGGACUUGAAUGGACACCAGGGAUUGCACUAACCAAGUGAGUGUGGUCUUGACAGCAAACACCAGUGAGGGGAAGGCUUACAUUUCCCCCUACGGAGGGGCAUUUGAGAGAUUUUUACUGUUGAUUUAAGUAAAAUAAUCUGAGAUUUGUACGUGGAAAAUAAUGAACUUUUGAAAUAACCUUAGAUGUGAUCAUUGGCCAGUUUUGUAUACCUGUCACAGUUGAUUCAAUUAAAGAAGUCAUGCCUGUGAACUGG